GAUAUCGACGAUGUUUGUCCCUCAAAACCGUGUAUCGGCUUCGUCCUUUCUCAAUGGGUCGUCCCAUUUGCUACGCCGGAAUCCGCACAGUCUUGGUGCGCACCACUUGAACUGUACGUUCGAUUAUCGUGGCCCGCUGUUCAUUGACGACCUGGGCUGCUUUGCGGAGAGCAUCCCGUAUGCCUCGCCGGUGUACUUUACGGAAGUGGAGAACGGGGUCCACGAUCUUUCUGGGAUUCGCAUACCGGGAGGGAAGCCGCCGUAAGAUACCGAUUUUUAUCACCUUCAAAGAUCGAAUCACCUAUCUGGUGGAGACGAUCAGAGCACUUCAUCGCAAUAUCCGCACGCCUUUCGAAAUCGUCAUCAUCGAUGACACUUCCACAUUUCCCGCUGCAGUUCAAUUCGUGGAGAGACUUGUGGACUCCAAGGUCACUGUCCUGCGCGUGCCUCAAUAUGAAAGCGGAAAGUUCGACAGUCUUUAUGCUGUGAUCGCCCGGAUGAUUACGGAGUAUAUGAAAGAGCGAUCGAAAGCAGACUACUUUGUAUGGACAGACCCUGAUGUGCCGCUCGACAGCGCUCCAGGGGACAUCCUGGAGGUGUAUGCGGCGGCGCUGGAGGGUCUCGAAGCGCACAAUGUGGGGGCGGCGAUCCGGAAUGACAACUGGACCGAAGAUAUGCGUGACAAUAAACACGGGAACGAGCAGGAUUUCAUCAAGCUACCCGCAUCCUGCUUCGUGUACCGCGAGAUAUGUUACUAUUACAUACACGCAUCGAUUGACACGACGUUUGCCAUGUACAGGAGAAAUACCGUUCUCCAGCGGCUGGUGGGCCCAACGGCUCGGAUGCUCUCGCCUCUGGCAGUUCACCAUCUUGACUACCUUAUCGACAAGACGAAAAUCCCUGAAGACGUCAAGUACUAUGUGAAGAGGACGAAGGGCGAUAUCACCCAUUCGUGGUUCAAAGACCAUGUUGAGAAGUCACCGAGUUGAGACUAGCAGGAUAUCAACGGAGGAGGAAGGGGAGUAGAGCGCACAAGAGUAGGUAUAGAAUCGUUAGACGAGGGUGUUCUAUAUGUUUUAAAUCCCAAUAGACACAGUACAUGAGAUACCCUCAGGGAGUUAGGUAGUUUUAAUUGCUGUUGAAUGCACGUGACCGGAGAGGUGGAGCACAUUUCGCG